AUGGCGUUUGUGGUGAGAAAGUUUGUUAACAAUUUGCGAAAUGUUAACAAAUGUAAGAAAGUGUGUCUGAUGGUUCAAAGUAAGCGACAUGUUCCCGCGUGUUACAGUAGCACUUUAGUCUUAAAAGCUGCUGAAGAGAAAAGUAGAACCUGCAAAUUUUUCCAUACAACAAAUAUAACAAACAAAAUCGUCGCCUUCAAAUUGUCGGACAUCGGAGAAGGUAUUCGUGAAGUAGUUAUCAAAGAAUGGUUCGUCAAAGUUGGCGAUAAGGUAAAUCAGUUUGACAAUAUUUGCGAAGUGCAAAGCGACAAGGCAGCAGUAACAAUCACCAGUCGUUAUGACGGCGUGGUAACGAAACUCUACCACGAGAUGGAUCAAACGGCACUAGUUGGGCAACCCCUAGUCGACAUUGAUGUUGAAAAUACCGCAGAUGAAGAGGAUUCGUCGGAUUCAGAUACAGAAAGUAUAAAUAAUGAUGCCCGUAAAAUAGAAAAUCAAGCUAAUCAUAAGAAAAAAGUACUGACCACGCCAGCAGUUCGAAGGAUUGCAUCUCAAUUUAAAGUAGAUUUAAGCACAGUUAGUCCAACUGGUAGAAACGGUAGAAUCCUAAAGGAAGAUGUUUUGGCGCACCUCAAUAUGACAUCUGAUAAAUCCAACGAAGUUUCGGACUUAAAUUCCGUUAACGCAAUCUCUAUGCCUGUGUCUAUGGCACAGGCGAAAGUAGAAGUAGUGUUAGAAGAUAGAGUUAUACCUAUUAGUGGUUUUACGAAAGCAAUGGUAAAAUCGAUGACGGAAGCAAUGAAAAUUCCACACUUCGGAUUGAGUGAUGAAUAUGACGUUACAAAACUGAUUCAAUCUAGGGAGAGUUUAAAAAUUAUCGCUCAAGAGAGAGGAGUCAAACUGACGUACAUGCCAAUUAUUAUCAAAGCUUCAUCUUUAGCCCUAACUGCACAUCCGGUACUUAAUAGUAGUCUUGAUAGUUCCUGCGAAAAUAUAAUAUAUAAAGCUAGUCAUAAUAUUGGAGUUGCAAUGGAUACGCCCAAUGGUUUAGUGGUCCCAGUUAUCAAAAAUGUACAACAUAAAAGUAUACUUGAAAUAGCACAAGAACUAAAUAUAUUACAAGAGAAAGGUUUAAAAGGACAACUUGGACUGAACGAUAUAGCGGGAGGAACAUUUACUCUCUCGAACAUAGGCGUUGUUGGGGGAACUUAUGCGAAACCAGUGAUACUACCACCACAAGUCUCUAUAGGUGCCCUAGGAAAAAUUCAGGUAUUACCGAGAUUUAAUUCUAAUGGUGACGUGGUCAAGACUCAUAUCCUAACUGUGAGCUGGUCAGCGGAUCACAGGGUGGUGGAUGGAGUAACGAUGGCAAAAUUCUCGAACAAUUUAAAACAAUAUCUCGAAGAUCCCUACAAGUUGUUAUUAGAUUUA